AUUGCGACAGUAAUAAUAAUAAUAAUUAUUGCAUCGGCGAUGGUCGCUCGCGCACGAGAAAACGCUUCGGAAAUCGCUUAAACCGACGACGACGUCGCCGUCGGAAUUUAUGAUCCGCACGGGCUUAGUUCCAAUUAACGUUCUCUGCAGGCCAUUACGCGACGACCACGACGUUAUUAAACGGUUUCGAACGCGUACACUAUAUUAAUUAGAUAUUAUGCUGCAGCUAUAUAGUAUAAGACGCGCAUACGCGUUACUACAGUUUCUUUGCUGUUGGUCACCUAGCUAGUAAGUGGUUACGUAAAAUAUAUGAUACAUCGAUACGUGUUUGGCCAUAAUGCAUUAAUACCAACCGAUUUUUGAUAAUAUUAUAUUUUCGACGACGCACAUUAUACUUAAUAUAUUUAGGUACCUACAUAUUAUUAUUAUGUUAUAUUUUAUAUGGACAUUUAUCCUAAUCACCCGUGGAGUUAUUCUAAUGCAUACCUAACCCAACGCGAUCCCACCUUGCAAUCUCGUUUUAACCGUAUAAUAUAUUAUUAUCAUAUUAUAUACGCGCGUCUGAUAUCAGACGUGUAAUAAUAAUGGUCGAUGAUUUUUAACGUGAUUUUAUAAUAACGACGAUUAGUCAACACUAACACAAUUAAUCGGUUUUUUUUUUGUUUUUAAUUUGGUUUCAAAUCGGUAUUCGUAUAAUACUUGCAUUAUACGAUUACAAUAUUACAUUAUACGACGGACGGGCCUUCGAUAAGUGAGGAAAACAUGAUUAUGGCAAGUAAAAAAUCUGGAAAAUUUGUAUGUAUCGUCGUCGUCCGCUUUAAAACCAAUUGAUGAAGCAGAAUGUCACCGGAAAAUGUGUGUCCAAGAUUCAAACAGAAUGCUUGGAAAAAAGAACUGUGCUCCAACUGUUUUCGUCCGAAAGAGGAGCACCCUGAGAAGCCCAAACGUGUACUUAUUGACUACAAACCACUACCGGAAAUAUCUCCAUCCCAGAGUAUAUUGAAGGUAAACGGUUCGUGCGACAAAUCCCGGAAUGUGUCGUUUUCGAACGUCGAGAUGGAAGUCAUCGGAUAUGGCGGCGAAGAAUACUCGACUGACGAAGAAUAUUCGUCGGACGAGGAAAACGGUUCGGAAUUCGUUGACUCUGGUGACGACGAAGAGCUCAAAAGACUGACCGAAGCCAACACGAACCUAAACAGCAAACCCGAUUUCGUGCCCGAAAAGGUCGUCGUCGGUAGUAAUGUUGGAAAAACUGCGAACGUAGCGGUAACGGCGGCGACAAACAUCAAGUCACCCGUAAAAAAACCAAUGGUGCAAAACAAGUCACCACCGAUGGUAACCGUUCAGCCGUUCUGCGGAGACCCACCCAAAUCGCUUGUGUUCAACUUCCUAAAGAACAAAGAGAUUUCCACGGCUGCUACUGCUGCCGCGGCCACAGCAGUUACAUCAGUCUGCGAGGAGGCGCCAAAAAUCGAGAAAAAAGAUACUGAAAACAUUCAACUAAGAAAGACUGAGGCAAUGAAAAAACCGACUUUAUCUAGAAGCUCGCUGGUGGCCAAUUCUAACGAACCGUAUUUAAACAUAAGACGGUGCAGUUUGCCGGCGGAAGAGGAAGAGGCGAAACCGACGCCGCCGCCGCCGCCGCCACCUCCACCAACGUUAACAUUGACGAAUACGGAAAUCCCAAGAGCGAAGCUCAUCCACCAGCCGGAAACGAUAGCACCUGUUGAAAUAUCUAGGGGUGCAGAGGAAACCACCGAAGUCAUCUCGUCGACGAGAGAGUCAGACGCCGAAACGGCAGGUGGUGGUGCGGCGCCGUACAAGACUAGAAGUAAUGUACCACGUAUGGGCACGAUGCACUUCAAACUGAAGUUGGCUGUGGCUUCGUCCCAGAAACCGGAACCGUUGAAACUGUGCGGUAGUGGCCCUCCUGUGGAUCCUUCGCCAGAUUCGUCGUUGUUGACCAGCAGAGAAAUGGCUGGCGAGCCCGACGGGAAAGCGGACUCUGACGAGCCCGGCGAUCCGACGUCAACCCCGGUGAACCGAUCGUUCCUCCACAACUUCAAAGACAAUUCGUCGCCAUUGCGUGACACCUCUACCACGCCUCCAAGGACGCCCAACAAAAAGACUUCGAUAACCAGCAACAGCCCUCCCGAAUGUCCCAGGAGUAUCAAACGCCAAGCCCCGAAACCACCUCCACCGCCGCCGUCGUUGACAUCGGCCAAAUGCACCGAUCUCGUUUACCACAGCGCCAACAGUUCAUUUUCAGACGACGAGUUCAGACCCGAUGACGUGACCAUCACUAACCGCAAGCUGUUGGCCGAAUACUGCGAACAGAUUGAAAAAGAACAGUCACAACACUGUGGAAACUGGGAACGACCAUCGACGGCGGCCACUGUCACCUGCAGUGGCGACCAGGGGCGCGAAUCGUCCACACUCCCGUUGACCGGAAAACGGCCGGCGUGCGAGAAGAAAAAGUACGGCAAAGCCACCAAGGUGGGUCUCAAGAUCAAGAAAUUCCUGAGGAUACCCAGUCGGGAAUCAACGGUCGCCACACCGCAGCUACCGACCAGGCCCAAGUUGGAAAUCAUUCAUCCACUGGACAUCAACAAGUCGGGCGUGGAAAUCAUACACAACUAUGCUGUCGACGGACUGCUGUACCUAAAAGAUCCGUCUGCCAAAGCAACAUCCACCCAUCAUCCAGUACGACCUACAAAACCACCGCCGCCGCCGCGAAGUCUUCCGCCCGUCGUAAAGCUGCAGUUAAAGUCGUCCGUUCCGUCCACGGAAAUCACCGAUUACCCCGAAGCGCCGAAAACGUGCGAUUCCAGCGCGUCCGACGAAGCUUACGAACCGGUAAAUUUUUCGGCACCAGAGUGUGACCACAGUUCGCCGGAAAUGGCGCGACUGACGUCCAUGCAGUAUUACGGUAGCGAGACCGAGUCGGAGAUAUAUCCGACCAUCCAGUUUGGCGACGACUUCGGAGCCGAAGACAGCAUUAGGAACACUCAGCCGGGGCACAAGAGUCUCGAAGAGAGUUACGACGCCGUUGUCAUCGCCAAUCACGAAGCCCUGACCAAACUCUUAGACCAGGCAACGAGCUGUCCGAAAGUGCCCAAAGAGUUGAUGGCGUUGAAGACGAAAAACUUGGAAUGGUCCAGUUUUCGAGUGGACCCGACGAGCCGGUUGCAAAAAGCCAGUUGCGCGUUCUACAACGGCAAAUGGUACGACGUGCCGGUGGUGUUGAGCAUUUCCAGUGCACCUGUUGAGCUGAACAACGUACUGAACAACCAUUUCACCAUGACCAAAGUGACGGAUUUUGUGACGCGCGUGGAAAAAGAAUACUGUCCGGGUGCCGAAAACGAAGAAGCUUACGUGACGCUGUGGAAUGCACAUCGAGUGGAGGCCGUGGAAUCGUAUUGCAAGGAAUACAACGCCAAGUACGCGGACAUCACUAAGGAAGCUGGUCUCAUCCUAGUGGAAACUGUGAACCUGUUGAUCGGCCUGCAGGCGUCGGACGUGGACCGGUACAGCCUGGAACCGUUCGUGGUGACCAGAAACUGUUUCGGUGCCGACCCGACCGUAGCCGUGGUUCAACUGGAAACCGAUUUACAGGAAGCGGAUGACACGCUCUGCGAGAUCAUGCUCAAGGUGCUCAGACUGCUGGCGCCCACGUGGGAGAUGACGGUGUGUCUAUCGCAGGUUUUGCGGCAGGGCCGGCCCAACUCUUUGUCAAAAUGCAAGGCGCUGCUCGAAUUCUGGCUGUGGGGUCCGACCGGAGUGACUGUGUCACCCGACCGACCGCUGUCGCUGAAAAGAUGGUUGGACCUGGAACGCGCCAAUGUCCUGCACGGCCACGUGUGUUCCCGUUCCGCCGACCUGUCCGUCAAGCAGAUGUGCUACAUGUCGUUUUUGGUGGCCAACGACGAUAAACUGUUCUCGGACGCAUGGACCGUGCUGGCCGAUCGCAAGAUGCGGCCGCCGCGCGAUCCGACGAUCUCUAAAUGUUAACGCACAAACAUGUUUUGUAUUGUUUUGUUUUGUAUUUUUUCCCUUGAGUGUUAAAAAAUGUUUUUGUCGAAAUCAUCAUUCUUUUCUUUACUACUCUAUAUUUUUUUUUAUGUCUGAACUCCAAGUAUAACAGUAUGAUUGUUAUUCUAACACAUGUUGCUAAACAAUCAUGUCUGUUAUUAUUAUUCUAGGAUAAAAAUGACACUGUCGAAUAAAUUAUUAUUAUUAACCCAACUGUUAAUUA